AUGCCGCCCAAACGCUCAAAGGGCGUGACCUUCAAACUCGUCCAUCCGUCUUAUGAUGACGCGGAGUAUGAGGGGGCGAAGAACGUUGCCAUCAUGGUGGAGGAGCAGGAACUACGCAAACACCUGCCGACAACUGCCACGCGUCGCCGCCGCCAGCGUGCAGAGGAGAGCGACGAGGAUGAGUCGGCGACUGUCAGUGGCUGGGCGCGGGAGUGGGCCACGACCACUUCAUUCGCCUCUUCAACGGCGCAGGCAGGCGCCGGGCGACUGCCGGAAGAAGACGCGUACAUGAACAGGCACAACUUUCUUCGUGCGCAGGACUCCGAAGACGACGAGGAAGAUGAUGAUAAGUUGUUUGCGGAUCAGGAGGAGGUGGAGUUCACUGAUGACUUCCUGCGAGAGGUGGUUUUCGGCGACGGUGACGAGGAGGACGAGGAGGAGGUGCGGAGUGCGGGUGGUGGCGCCAAGAGCGUCACAGAACACGAUGGGUCCGUGUACGUCCAACACGACGUUACGAAGAGAGGCGUGGACCGACAGUUUACGCAGAUGAUGCGGGAGUUUAACGUCGACGCCCGCCUCAACGACGCCUACACGGACGAUCCUCGUGCCCACGGAGCUCUCGCUGUGGAUCAGUACAUGCGCGCGCUUGAGGAGUUUGUGGUUGAGAGGGCCGGCGUCGACUACGGGACUGCCGAGCCGCGGCGCAACAAGGGGCUGAUCCACCAGCUGCAGAACAUGGCCCUCUCCGCCGGGACGGACAUGAGCCCCAAAGGGGAGUUGUACACCACAACCGUUUUGCCGGACAAGCAAGCACGUUUUCUGGAGGAGUUUCAACGGGAGGCGGAGGAAAUACGGCAGGCUGCCCGUGAGCGCAUGCAGAGGCAACAGUUAGACGGCCCGGCCGAGAACUUCGAGGAUGCGGUGCAGGCGACAGAGCAGGAUGACGAUGACCACGAGGUCUACGUGCUGAGGGAGGUGGAGGAUAAGGAAAAUCGGCUAGAUUGCGAGACGGCAGUCUCGGCGUACUCAACGUACUUCAACCAGCCCAACGUUAUUCGGGCGCCGUCGCCGGGAAGGCGAAGAAGGAGACAUGGGGACUUCUCAGCAGCAGCGGCAACAGAAACAACAACGGAAGACGGAAAACUAGAGGAUGAAGACGUGGUGUCCAAGCGAGGCACGCAGCUGCUCGCCCUCGCGCGGCACAAGGGGGAGACAAGGGAGGAAAAGAAGAUGCGGCAGCACUUGGCAAAGCAGGUAAAGCGUGAGCGACGCGACAAAAAGCGGGAGCUGAAGCAGGCGUACAAGAAUCUUGAGACAGAUGAAGCGAAACGUGUGAAAGAAUCUCAAAACGCAAAGAAAACGGUACAUUUCUUUUAG